AUGCGCACGUCCGUCCCCUUCCUCUCUCUCCACGAGGUCCCUGAUGACCUCGCCGACUGCGACGGCUCGUGCUGCCCCGGCGGCGGGCUGUGCUGCCCGGACGACCCGCUCGACGCCGUCAUGCGGUACCUCCCGGUCGUUGACGACGCGUUGCUGGAGGCGCUCGGGAUAGGAGGCUCGCCGCCGCGUUCCGGGGGGCGCGGCCACGACGAUGCCGUGCUGGAGGAUGCGCUGGACGCGGGCGCCUGCAUGGUGGAUGCCGCGGCGAGCGAAAGAGGCGGCGUCGGGGAGCAAGACAUGCGCGGGUUGUCCCGUGGCGUCCCGGAGGUCCAUGAUGAGGUCGUCGACGUCGACAUGUUUUUUGAAGGCGGCGCGCCAGAUGACGGCAGCUGCGGCGGCGGUGACUCGAACCUGUGCAAUAGCAUGUCCUGCCACACGCCGCUUACCUCGGCGUUGCCGGCGGGUGGUCUGGACGCGCGCGGCACGGUGGACGGCUUUGUCUCUGACGCCGCGCUGUCAGCCAGGCCGUUGACAACGUCCAGCACGUCAUCGGGCAGCCUCUCAUCGACGACCUGGGAGACCGAGUCGCCGGCGCCUGUCUCCUUACCCGGCGCCUGGGUUUGGCCAAGGAAACAGCGGCACCAACCAGUCAUUCGCCGUAACCAGUCCUGGUUGGCGAAGCCCCGGCUCGACGAUGUGCCGGACGCACCUCACGACAGUCCCACCAGCCACAAGAGUGGCAAUGACGCCCGUAUACGCCGCCGGAGCCCUGAGCCGCGUAAGAGGAAUAGGCCGGCCCAGAGGGUGUGCAGUCAUUGCCACUCCUCGGACACGCCGCAGUGGCGCGCAGGUCCGCGAGGUCGGGGCACUCUCUGCAACGCAUGCGGCAUCCGCUACAAGAACCAAAGGUUACUGCCAGAGUAUCGACCGUCGACGAGCCCUAGCUUCCGGAGCGGCGAGCACUCCAACCGCCACAGGAAGGUCGUAAAGCUCAGGGAGCAGAAGGCGAAGGAGGAAAUCCUGAAAAUGAUGGCCGAUACUGUGCCGGCGCCGCCGAAGAACCGCGGGGGUGGUGAGUUCAUGGAUGUGUGCACGUACAUAUCAACAGGCUAG